CCGCGCCUCAUUAGCAUAACACAUUCCGGUAUCUACAAGAGCCGAGCGAACACAUUCAGCUCCGGAGAACUACAGCACAUCUCAAUCACACACAGUAUCCACACAGAGACAUGAGCGCCAACAUGAGCGACAGCGAGAAGCUGGACAAGCAGCGGCUGAAGAACUUCAAGAAUAAAGGGCGCGAUCUGGAGACGAUGAGAAGACAGCGGACUGAAGUGGUGGUUGAACUCAGAAAGAAUAAGAGAGACGAGCACCUGCUGAAGAGGAGGAAUGUGCCGCAUGAGGAUAUCUGUGACGAUUCUGACGCAGACGGAGACUUCAGAAGUCAAAACACUUCUCUUGAAGCAAUCGUGCAGAAUGCGACCAGUGAUAACCAGGGCAUCCAGCUCAGCGCCGUUCAGGCCGCCAGGAAGCUGCUGUCGAGUGACCGUAACCCUCCCAUAGAUGACCUGAUCAAGUCUGGGAUUCUGCCCAUCCUGGUGCACUGUCUGGAUAGAGACGACAACCCUUCUCUGCAGUUUGAGGCGGCCUGGGCUUUGACCAACAUCGCAUCGGGCACAUCUGAGCAGACUCAGGCCGUGGUGCAGUCGAAUGCGGUUCCUCUGUUCCUGCGUCUGCUGCAUUCUCCUCAUCAGAACGUGUGUGAGCAGGCGGUUUGGGCUUUAGGGAACAUCAUCGGUGAUGGUCCUCAGUGCAGAGAUUACGUCAUCAGUCUGGGAGUGGUUAAGCCGCUCCUGUCCUUCAUCAGCCCCUCCAUACCCAUCACCUUCCUCCGCAACGUCACUUGGGUCAUGGUCAACCUGUGCCGCCACAAGGACCCGCCGCCGCCCAUGGAGACCAUCCAGGAGAUUCUUCCGGCGCUGUGCGUGCUCAUCCACCACACUGAUGUCAAUAUCCUGGUGGACACGGUCUGGGCGCUGUCUUAUCUCACUGACGCUGGCAAUGAGCAGAUCCAGAUGGUCAUCGAUUCGGGGAUUGUACCGUACCUCGUGCCCCUGCUGAGCCACCAGGAGGUCAAAGUCCAGACGGCGGCGCUGCGAGCGGUGGGGAAUAUUGUGACGGGCACGGAUGAACAGACUCAGGUGGUGCUCAACUGUGACGCUCUGGGUCACUUCCCAGCUCUCCUCACACACCCCAAAGAGAAGAUCAACAAGGAGGCUGUGUGGUUCCUGUCCAACAUCACGGCAGGAAACCAGCAGCAGGUUCAGGCCGUCAUUGAUGCCAAUCUAGUGCCCAUGAUUAUUCUGCUGCUGGAUAAGGGAGAUUUUGGCACUCAGAAAGAAGCGGCGUGGGCCAUCAGCAACCUGACCAUCAGCGGCAGAAAGGAGCAGGUGGCGUACCUGAUCCAGCAGCAGGUGGUUCCUCCCUUCUGUAACCUGCUGACCGUCAAAGACGCUCAGGUGGUGCAGGUGGUUCUGGACGGGCUCAGUAAUAUCCUCAAGAUGGCUGACGAAGAAGCCGAGACUAUCGCCAACCUGAUCGAGGAGUGUGGAGGUUUGGAGAAAAUCGAGCAACUGCAGAACCACGAGAAUGAGGACAUCUACAAACUGGCUUAUGAAAUAAUCGAUCAGUUCUUCUCAUCUGAUGAUAUUGACGAGAACCUGGUUCCCGAAGCGAUCCAAGGAGGAACGUACGGCUUCAACUCUUCUACCAACGUGCCAGCAGAAGGGUUCCAGUUCUAGACGCGACGGGAAACCUGGAGUUUUGUUUGUGAUGCAGCACUCUGUUCAACAUUAAAAAUAAUUAGAGAGAAAGCGAGCGAGAGAAAGAGAGCGCGAGAGAGUGUGAGAAUUAUUAGAUCCGUUGUGCUUGGCUGAUGGGAUCCAGCUGCAUCUGAUCCGAGAGAAAUUGAGUGGAGCUCCUUCUGGAGGAAGCGUCCAGGCGGCGUUUGAGACGGCUUUGAGUGGAUGCGAGUGAGAGUGAGUGGCUGACUACUACGUUUCAAAACACGACCAUCUAAACCGAACGCGUGUCUUUUCAACAAAACCAAACUGAACCAAUGGGAAUAACCAAGACGUCUCAUGUGAAUAAUCUGAGGUAAGAACGCUAAAGGAGAACCUCACCA